GAAUAAUUCGCUGAAUCCGCUGACCCGUGCAUGCUAGCUGGGACCUGAAGGUCUAGGAUCAUCAUGUAUCUAUGAUGGCAUAGCACUAAACCUCGACACUGAGUGGAAUCGAAGCCUAGCAUCUGUAGAGAGUCGAUUACUGGAUUCCCUAUCUCAUUCUGUGAUCACUGACGUCGGUUACGUCACUAUAUCGAGUGGCGUCGUCGAUAUAGCCGUCCCAUACUUCAUCAUGUGUGCCACCAUAUCGCGUCCGCCAACUCAAUGAUACAUGUGAAUCUGUACACGUAUGCGGAAAACAUCGAUGUGUUUAACUGACGAUGAUAAACGCUAUGGCGGCAGAUCCGCAUACGAGGUCGGUCCAAAGAAUACAUGUUCAAUAGCCGUCUCGUGCAAUGUGUGUUACUGGCUUCUGGUGAUAAUAUAAGCAAAUAUGGUGCGCUAUAUUCACUGACUGCACUGUCAUAUUUGCAUUGAAUGAUGACAAACUAUGGGAUCACCGUGUGAUGGGAUGUAUUCCCCCGGGGCUUGCGACGCGGAGGACCCGGUAGAGCUGGGGAGAAGCCCGGUCAGUCUGGACAUACCAGCCAGCCCCGUUGGAGUAGUGGAAGGACUUAGCCAGUCUCGGAGUGAUGUCUACAUCGUGGAAGCAAUUAAAGGGAAACGAAGGAGAAAGGGAAUAUCGGAAUAUCUGGUGAAAUGGAAGGGGUGGUCCAACAAACACAACACCUGGGAACCGGAGGACAACAUCUUAGACAAGAGGUUACUAGACACAUACGCAACCAGGCGCACUGGUGUGACGUCACGCAGAGGUCGACGGCCCAGAAGGCAGAUAUCGCAGCCGUCUCCCAUGUACCUGUCUAAUGUACCAUAUGACUGGCCUAACUCUGAAUUUCCAAGCCGAUUUCGAUUGGUGAAGGAUCCAAGCAACGGGACAUGGUGUACGAGGCACACCCCAGUGGUCACCGCUGCCUCUCCACCGGGGCAAUCGUCGCGAUUCCCGGUAGGGAAUCAGGCGUCAGAUACGGUGGGGCUUACCGCUCGGAAGGCUUACUCCAGGUCUACUUCGGCUCCCAGUGCCUCGUUUGGUAGGCGAGAUACCGCGGCAGUCAACCCGGGAGAUUACCGAUCGGAUUGGACAUGGAGUCCCAACUCGGACCGUAGUCAGACUUCACUCAACACGUCCGAAUCAGGUGACCGGGAAGCCUGCGCCGCCACCGAACGAGACUUCGCGAGUUUUUACGUGGACGAGCUGCCAGAACUACAGCUCGACAGAAAUACGGAACAGCAUCGCCUGGAUCCCAAGCUCUCGCCAAAACUCGUGCUCAGGAGGAUCACAUCUACCGAGACUUUGCGAGAACAUCAUCCGACGGAGGAAAAAGACGAUUCGGACACGGAUGAGGCACAUUUUUCUGACCCGGACGAAAUCAAAUAUUACCCAAAGAAUUCAAAAAGGGUAGAAACCACACGCGAGCCUGUUGCCAAUCAACAAUCAUCACAAGAAUGUUGCCAUGACAACACAAACGACAGAGAACUGAAGAGGAGGUUCAGAUUUCCUCCAGUAAACAAAGAAGCCAUCUCGAUGCCUGCCAAACCCACCAACUUGGAUGCGUCCAUGCCUCAACGCGCCAAGAGAUCAGAGGGGGUAGUGGUGACUGAUGUAACAGCAGGCGGUGUCACUAUUACUAUCAGGGAAAGUGGUCAUGCUGAUGGUUUCUUUGGAAACAAGGUUAUCACAUGAUUAACCUGAUUGCACUCGCAAUUUGUUGACAAUAAUUGUUACGAACAAGAUGUUUGCCAUCCAUCGAUGCCAUAUGCAGGCACUGAGUGCUCGGUACAUCCCUCACUGGGAUGUGAACCCACGACCUUCUGCUUCUCAGCACAUCUCAUUAAUAUGUCAUGUAUUAUGCCGUGAUCCGAUAUCAUAAGCUGAUCGCAUACCAGAAAUGAUUAACAGUAUCAUAGAUACUAAGAUUGCGUCUGAAUGACUUAGUUACGACGGGCAUAAAACCAUCCACUUCACCCAUACAUGCAUGCUUCAAGUAAUUCAGAAAUACAGCGAGUCCCAAAUAUAUCCGCAACUUUUCUUUUGCGAGGCUUUAGCGUCGCAGCGGAAACACGUACCGCCAUUAUUUUCAUAUCAUUUUAAAGCUUGGAAUCUUAACUUUAUCUCUGGUAAGUAUUGGUUUGAUUUUCAAAAAGGUUUUGAAAUAGGCAUGUCAAAAACGAAGUAAACCGAUUUCAAAGAAAAUCAACCAUGUGCAUUUUGUUCUAAUGUGGAAAUGCUUCAUCAUGUUCAUAAUGUGACGAUCUCAGCCUUUUACUUUUUGUGUUUCCUUUUCUUUUUCGAUCCAC